AGAUUCCCUCCACACAUGGUGCCGCCCCACCACAGUUUACACACAACUGGAAUCCCUCAUCCCGCCAUAGUGACCCCAACCGUCAAACAGGAAUCUUCCCAGAGUGACGUGGGAUCUCUGCACAGCUCAAAACAUCAGGAUUCCAAAAAGGAAGAAGAAAAGAAAAAACCUCACAUAAAGAAAACCUCUUAAUGCAUUUAUGUUGUAUAUGAAGGAAAUGCGAGCAAAGGUUGUAGCCGAAUGUACAUUAAAAGAAAGCGCAGCCAUUAACCAGAUCCUCGGCCGAAGGUGGCACGCGUUAUCGAGAGAAGAACAGGCAAAAUACUACGAGCUGGCGAGGAAGGAACGGCAGCUGCACAUGCAGCUCUACCCAGGCUGGUCCGCACGGGAUAACUAUGUACGUGGCUAU